UGGAUGUCGGUCAGAAGUCUAUCACCUGCGAUGGAGAUAGUGAGGUCCCGAAAUGAUAGGGAAAUGUCGGAAAUGGUCCAGGUGUAUUUGAGUGCCAGAUGGAAGUUAGUGGUGAAGACUAGUGUAUACGAAGACUAGUGUAUGGGGUGAUUGCUGGUCAGCAUGGAUUCGGUGGGCUGAAGGGCCUGUUUUGGCGCUGCAUCUCUAAACGUGAUAGUUGAGGCGGGUACGAUAACAGCAUUUAAAAUGUACGUUCUAGAAACGGAACUGCAGACGAUGGUUUACAAAAAAGGACAAAGUGCUCGAGUAACUCAUCAGGUUAGGUCGCAUCUGUGGAAACAUCAUCUAUCCAUGAAGGGUUCCAACCUAAAACGUCACCUAUUCCUUGUCUCCAGAGAUGCUGCCUGACCCGCUGGGUACUCCAGCACUGUGUGUCCUUUAAAAGGCGCUUGGAUCGGAAAGGUUUAGAGGGAUAUGGGGCAAACCCGGGCAAAUGGGAUUAAUUUAGAUGGGGCAUUUUGGUCGGCAUGAACGGGUUGGGCUGAAGGGCCCGUUUCCGUACUGCAUGAUGAUGAAUUUAUACAUUAAAUCAAACAUUAUUGCAAAAUGUCAUGCAUAUUAGAUUCUUAAUUUGGUUAAAAUGUAAGAGAUCAGUGGUGUUUAAGUACUCAAUUAGUGUAGGCUUCCUAUCUACAGGUGCCUUGAAAAGGACACAUCUCGUCAUAAAGUUUAUCGAAAUAAAUAUUUGUGGUUCAAAAGUUGCAACCGGAUUGGCUUUCCUGAAAUUUGCAACCGAGCUGGAAUGUGUCGUCGUCUGAAGAGACGGUGUCUGAGAUUUAAUUGGCCCGAGUCCCCAUCUUCCUCGCCUUCGGUGUCUGUUCGGGGGAGUUUUGGACAAAGAGGAAAUGAUGUGGUAAUGAGGGCUUGUUAAUUACAGUCUGGGAGAACGAUCAGUGGGAGGGAGGGAGAGAAAUGGAGAGAUUGUCGCUUUAACAAGGCGGAGGGGAGAGUGGGAGAGAGUUUUUUUAAAAAAAGCAACGCAGUGAAAACCACAUCGUAGGCUUAGCUUGUCAGCUUCACAUUUCAUUUAGUCCAGAAGCAAUGCGGUGAUCGCGAUAAGAAAAAAAAAAACCCUCCCAAACUUGAAGCCCUGGAAUAGCAAUGCCGGCUGAAUUUGGGUGACGAGAGUGGAAUCGGCACUGCUGCAAGCGGGCGUCUUGUUGGUCUUUCCAAGGCCGGUUCAAUGGGUGAACAUUGCUUUGAGCAGUGGCGGAGAUCGGAGGAAGGUUUACAUUGACAUCCGCCUCGUUUCCCAGGAGGGAACUUGACUUCGCAAGAGUUCUACAAUGCUGACUGGUACGAUGAUUCUUCCUCUGAUGACGACGCUGGCUUUUCUAAGUGUUCGUUGUGAAGAUAAGGAAAAAAAGCUGAAGACCAAUCAUUUCAAAUGCGUGUGUGAAGGGAUGUUUUGUGGAGGAGAGAACCAGUGUGUUGGACAACAGUGCUUUGCAUCGCUCAGCAUAAAUGACGGACAUCCUGUUUAUCAGAAAGGUUGCUUUGAAGUGUAUGAACAGGGCAAGCUAACGUGCAAAACUCCACCAUCAGCAGAUCAAACAGUCGUGUGUUGCCGGGGCUAUUUGUGUAAUAUGAACAUCACAGCUCAACUGCCAUCAAAAGGAGCACCGGUGGGCUACAGUGCAAGAACCCUGGCUAUGGUUGUUGUUGCUCCAGUAAUUGUGCUAACCAUUGUCACCAUGGUGACAGUGGUCAUAUUGCGAAAGCUUCACCAGAAUCAGAUGCAAAGACUAAAUGCCCGAGAAGCUGAAUAUGGUGCCAUUGAUGGAUUGAUUGCCUCCAAUGUUGGUGACAGCACGCUAGCUGAUCAUCUCUUUUUCUCACAGGAUCUGCUGGAUCACUCCUGCACCUCAGGCAGCGGAUCGGGGCUUCCCUUCCUCAUACAGAGAACAGUAGCUCGACAGAUCACCCUGGUGGAAUGUGUGGGCAAAGGGCGCUUUGGAGAGGUUUGGCGUGGCCAAUGGCAAGGAGAAAAUGUUGCAGUCAAAAUAUUUUCUUCCAGAGAUGAAAAAUCCUGGUUUAGAGAGACCGAGAUCUACAACAGUGUACUCCUGAGAAAUGAGAACAUCUUAGGGUUUAUUGCUUCAGAUAUGACAUCCAGAAAUUCCAGCACACAGCUGUGGCUAAUUACCCACUACCAUGAGCUGGGCUCCCUCUAUGACCACUUGCAACACACCGCACUGGACACUGUGGGCUGUUUGCGGAUAUCGCUGUCCAUUGCCAGUGGUCUGACACAUCUGCACACGGAAAUAAUCGGGACGCAGGGCAAAGUUGCAAUUGCACAUCGAGACCUUAAAAGCAAAAACAUCCUUGUUAAGGAGAAUGGGCAAUGCUGCAUUGCAGACUUGGGUCUUGCGGUGAUGCAUUCCCAAUGCACUAACCAUUUAGAUGUAGGCAAUAAUCCUAGGGUAGGCACCAAACGAUAUAUGGCUCCUGAAGUUUUGGAUGAAUCCAUGCAGGUGAACCUCUUUGACUCCCACAGGAGAGUUGACAUCUGGGCCUUUGGUCUUGUCCUGUGGGAGGUUGCGAGGAGGACAGUGAGCAAUGGAAUUAUUGAAGAUUACAAGCCCCCGUUUUAUGAUCUUGUUCCCAAUGACCCUGGUUUUGAUGAUAUGAAAAAGGUGAUUUGUGUGGAUCAACAAAGACCAAAUAUUCCAAACAGAUGGUUUUCCGACCCAACGUUAACAUCCCUUGCGAAGGUGAUGAGAGAAUGCUGGUAUCAAAAUCCAUCGGCAAGACUCACUGCCCUGCGCAUUCGAAAAACUCUUUCCAAAAUCGACAACUCAUUCGAUAAGUUUAAAAUGGAUUGCUGAGUAUUGUUUUCCAAUGACUGCCCAACAGGCAUAUUACCACGUAAAGGGAUGCAGCGGACAAAAGAGAGAGAAUGUUUCAGUUUCUGGGUUGAAGCUUUUUAAGACUCUAAUCAGUGUGGUAAAAUAGAAACAGAAAAUGUCGGAAUAAUCGGCAUCGUAAAGCAUUUGAAGAUAAGAUGAAUAUUUUGGUCGCACGUAGUUGCCAGACCUAAUUUUUCUAACUAUGUGCAUUCUUAAGACAACCUUUUCCAAGAAAAAUGUUACUGAUGCAAUGUUAACAAGGUUAUAUAGCAUGUGAAACUAUGGAGAAACCAGCAUAUCACUAUAGCUACUUAAUGUGUAACCAUUAAGAGGAAGUUGAAGAUGCAUUACAAAUAAUUCUUGCAGAAAAAAACAUUCUAUGGUGCAUCGGAAGAGAAAUGUACUCGUAUAAAAUCAGAAUGGUUUCAUUCUUUGUGGCUUAAUAUUUAUAUUCUAUAUGUUAUACUUGUUUCCCUUCCAUCAUUAUUUUGCACUAGCAAUUUUUGCUUUCUUUAUGUAUACUAUACAUAAUAGAUUUGAAUGCCUAAAACAAUCCAACAAGCCAAAUAUUAUGAGUUUAACACCUAAUUGAUGGUAAUUAUGUAUUUUUACAGUCUUGAGAUAUAAUUAAUUGCUUUGACUAUUAGUACAUACAAUUUGCACUGAUAUUAACGCAACUAUUUUCUGGCCCAAAUAGAUCACACCAGUCUUUGCAAAUGUGUGUUAUUUAUUGCUCUGUCAAUACUAACUUGUUUUCCGAAAUUGUGAAAUGAUAUAGCAGUUUGAUUUUCUUGUAUAGGUAGAUUAUAAUAUGUAUUCCACAAUAUUUAUAUUUGAAAAUAUUCUGCCUGAAAUUUAGUUCAUAAACUACACCAACCUGUAUUUUGUGCUUUGUGCAUAUUGUAAAUGCUGUCACAGAAGCGAGAAUAAUUUAAGUGCACUAAACUUAAGUUUUUAUAGCAAUGAAAUAUCAUUUUUUGGAAGCUUUGUGGUACAAGGUGUUAUCUGUAAAAUCUACAUUGUACAUUUUACCAGAGUAUUAACUACUGUAUUUUGUUUUACCUAAAUUUUAUACUUACUUCAUGUGGUAUAACUAAUUAGAAGUUGGAGGAUACUCAUUAAUUUUUGCUCUGCAUAAUGUGAUUUACCACAAUUUUAUUACCACUCUUUCUGUCUGAAGAAGGUUCCUGAUCAGAAACGUCACCCAUCCUUUUUCUCCAGAGAUGCUGCCUGACCCACUUUGUGUCUUAUCUUCAGUACAAACCAGCAUCUGCAGUUCUUUCUGCACUUUUAUUUGUUUCCUUUAUAAAAGGUUUUUAGUUUAGAGAUGGAAACAGGCCCACUCAGUCAAUGCUGACCAUUGAUCAUCCUUUCACACUAGUUAUAUAAUCCCGCUUUCUCAUCCACACCCAACGCACUAGUUUAAGAAGCUUUUUUGUCAGGACAAGGAAUGGAGGAAUGUAGAUCACAUGCAGAUGGAGGAGAUUAGUUAAACUUGGCAUGAUGUUUGGCAUAGACAUUGUGGGCCAAAAGGUCUGGUCCUGUACUGUGCUAGGGUUCUUGGGAAGGGUAAUGACAUUUAUUGCAAAUAAAGGGUGUCAAGAUUUUCUCUUGUUGAACUUUGGUGCUGUUUAGUUUAGAGACACAGUGCAGAAACAAUCCUACUCACUGGGGACAAUUUACAAUCUUUUUACUGAAGCCAAUUAACCUUAAAAACCUGGAUGACUUUGGAGUGUGGGAGGAAACCGGAGCACCCGGAGAAAACCCAUGCAGACAUAGGGAAAGCGUACAAGCCCCCAUUUAUAUCAUAUUGUAUUUUGCUUGGGCAGCAUACAACCCAGGGGUAUGAAUAUUGAUUUAUCUAUCCUCAAGUAACCCGUGCAUUCCCCCUCUAUCCAUCCCUUCCCCACCCAUAUCACACCAGCUUUCAUACUCUCAUAUCUACAGCUCACGAUGGCCUGUUUCCAUCAUUUAGAAAACAGGAUAGUUUGGGCACAGGCUCUUCUGCCCACGAUGUCUGUGCUGAACAGUUUGCCAAAUUAAAUUGAAUACUUUGUCACA